AUGUCCUCGCCCGGAAGCAUUCAUGGGUCUCCUGCAAAAUCGGACUGCUCGACGCUUGUGCUGGGCGACCACUUGGACGCAACGCAGAUUGAUGUGCAGGAGAGUCAGUGUACGAACAAUCAAAAGUUCACUACACCGGAACGCGCCUCUGGGCGGACGCCUUUUCCUUCGCCCGAUCUCGCAGAUCAGAGCACUGGGCUGACGCCAGCAAUGGAGAGAUUGAGAAUGUGCACACCAUCUCCCCGCACGCGCGGGGGGACGCGCAGCCUGGAAAAGGAAACCAUCACGACGCCCGACACGAAGGAGGCUCCUACCACUCCAGCCCCAGUCAAGAGACUGCGACGCACACCGCUCCUAGGUGAAUCCCUGCAAAUGCACACCUUGUUGGACUCACCGAUUACACCCUUGCAGAAGCGCCUGGCAAAUUCGUUGGACUUGGACUCACCGGUUGCGCCCUUGCAGAAGCGUCCUGCAGACUCAGACUCAGUCGGGGGGACCCAGCAGCCGACCCAGCAGGAAACAAAGAUCGACGAGGGCAAGCUUGACGUGUUUGUCGACGACCGCAAGGGCGAGAGUGAAAGGGGCAGCAGCAGCCAACGCUAG